AUGUGGUUGAUCGGUGCCUCUGCCGUCUCUGUGAUGUCCCAUGCUGCCUUCAUGGACAAGCCUAUUGAGACUGCUUUCGAGGAGGAGGUAUAG